AUGCCGAAGAAGAACACACAACCCGAGGCCACGAUUAGCAGGAAAUGCCCGAGUCACCCUCAGAAUGACGUAAUGUUCGCGUGUAAAAAUUGUAUGGAAGAUCUGGUGUGCUCACAUUGUGUAGCGACAACACAUAACGGGCACUACUUUGUUGAGUUGAGUGAUUUUGUGCUGCAGAAAAAAGAUGACAUCGACCAAUUUCUCCGAGAAUCUGAACGAGAUUUGCCGCUGGUGAAAAAUAAGAUUGCAGCGACGGAGAAAAAUUUGAAUGGAAACGAUGGCUACUUCAAAGACAUUGUGAAUGAUAUCCAGCGACAAGCGACGGAGCUGAAGGCAGAAAUAGACAAGAUCAGCGACAAUUAUAUCUUACUUUGCGAACAAAUGGAAGAAGAAAAUAAAGAAAAUCUCCGGAAAUUCAAGCAAGAACUAGAAUUUAUAUAUAGCGGUAUGGCCACGCUCGUGAAGACGUGCCGUGACGCGAUCGCGUCAGAUGACGAUAUGGAGAUCAUAUACGCGGAAAGAAAGAUACCUGAGGAUCGUGAAAUCCCGAGUGAUUUUCCGUUAAAGGCCGCCAUUUUCCGCCCUGGGAAUUCCGGUACAGAACAGAAGAUCCGCGUCUUUGGAACGCUCGCAAUUGAAGGUAGCCAGAGUUUGAGCGAGCGGUCCGCGAUUUCCUCGACGCCUGAAAAUCUGGAGGUGAUUUCGGAGUUCCAGCACAAUAAAAGAAUCCAUUCCAUGUGUCCAGUAGAAGAGAAUGUCUGGUUGCUGGAACGACUUAGUCAAGAGAUUGCUCUCGUCAAUCUUAGCGGAGCAGUCCAACGCACGAUUACAAGCGAGUCCCGAGUUUUUGACAUUGCAGUCUCCAAAACAACUUCUGACUUGUGGCUUGCGUGCGAGGACCGGACGAUUCGCGAAGUACAUACGUCGACCAUUCCUGUCAUCAGAUUCCGGGUAGAGGAAACUCCACGAUGUCUAUGUAUCACAGGAGAUGAUUACAUUGUCAUCGGCAUGGACCGGAAGAUCAUCAUCUAUUCAAGCGAGGGACAUAUUGCUAGAGCGAUGGACAAAUUUAGCCCAUUGGCUCGCAUGAUGAAACGCCCUCAUCACAUGACGGCAUGCGACCGCGCUGGAGAAGUGUCUGUUAUCGUAUACGACAAUCAAAUCACGCGCAAACUCCACGUGACUGUUGUUGACGAGAACUUGCAUCUGAAGUAUCACCAUGAGGGAGACUGUAUAACAGUCCGGAAUGGAACCAUCCGCGCUUCCGGUUACAAUCCGUCCCGAAAAUUCAGACCAUAUGAUGCGUGCUACGACAAACAGAAAAACUUGCUAAUAACGGACAUGAACAACAAGAGCGUGGUGAUCGUGCACGGGAAAAACAAGAAGAUGGAGACGUUGACGACAGAAGACUUCGAGCCUCAUGGUAUCGCCCUGCAAGACAAUGGUAACCUUUGGGUCGGUCUCGAGGGCAACAAGGUCAAGGUCUACAAAUAUAAAUAG